UCAUACCAUCCGUCGAAUUCGCAUGGCCGUACACCUGCAGCGCUGCGAAAGGAAUCAUGCUGGCUCCAAGAUGGUUCGCUGUCCUUUCAAUAGCACUCACUUAAUGGAGGCCGAUGAAAUUAAGAAACAUUGCGAAAACUGUCCAGACAGAUUGAUGUAUGAAGAUUUUUUAAGCCCGGACAAAAAGCCGAAAGUCGCACUUUGUCAUCAGGUCGCCGGAAAGAUCCGAUGCCCACACGACGAAGCUAAGGCUAAUGGCGAAAAACGUCAAAAUCGCUCGGAGUCUGCUCCACAUGCCGACAUUGAUAAAGAGAAUAAAGGGGAUGUCGGGUGCACUGAGAAUUGGGACGACGAGCCGGAUGUUCCCACCUACGAUCCCCGAGCCAACUGGAACGACAAGUUCUUGAUAUCAAACCCGCAGGGCCUUACCCCUGCUGCCAAACGCGCUUUUCGUGAGCAAGAACGUAAUCGUUUUCUGUCACACGGAAAAUUCUAGAAGACAAAUGAAGAAACUAUGUACCCAUAAUUAAUAUCAGACCAAUGUGCUACAUUCAAUCAUCUAUCU